GUAUAUUUCAUUGACACAAUGUCUAAAUAUUAUUACGAAGGCAUAUCGGUAUCUAAAAUCUAUUUCAAAAAUAUUUAAUUACAAUUUAAUGUAUUUGAAUAGAUUUCGUAACAUCGGAUUGUAUUAAGUCUUGAUCUGCAUUAACGUAAUUAAUUAAAUCAAGAUGCGUGAUGAACAACAAAUUUCUUAACAGUGUUACAAGAAAGGGAAGAAAACUAAUAUUGAAAUAAUAUCGGAUGUGAAGAUCGAAGAUUUCAGCAAUCGUUACACAGGCUAAUUGCGGUAACAGCAAAAAGUGGUUUACAAUACGUUCUCUUCCCACUAAGAUCUUUAACACAAACGCCAGGACCGGAUUCAGAACGAACUUUCAAUAUUUCUUGAAUAUUGUAUAAUUUUUUGAAUUACUAUUUCAUUUCGAUACAAAAUAAUAAUAAUAAAAAAUAAUUAAAAUUAAUCAUUAUAUAGAAAGAUAUUUACGAUUUUGUUUUCUUUUUAAAGUUUUGUUAAUACAACUAAUACUAAGAUUAGGUUAUGUGAUCAAAAAAUGCUAGGGAACCUAACACUGGAAGGUAAAUGCUAUUCAUUGACUUUAAAUAAGCAUUCGACAGAGUGAAAAGAACAAUUAUAAAGGGCAUGAGACAACUAAAAGUGUUAAAAAUAUUGGUGAAAAAGCGAACAUAGAUUCUAGAGGGAACAGAAAUAAAGAAAUAGCCCUUCAAUAAAUGUUUGGAGGAGGAAACAACCCCAAAAUUAUGGAACAAUGCAACUAUUGGGCAUUAGUAUUCGUCGACUAUGAAAAGGCAAUUGAAUUGUGAGAUAAUUGAUGGACGGACGAUUUAAAAAUGAUUAGAAUAAGAAGUUGUAGCAUAUGCUGAUGAUUUAAGUGAGAAAUCGAAAAAAAGUUGAGGAAAUAUUAAAAAAAAUGUGUGAAAAGUAAUAAGUCAGAGUAGCAAAAUGAAAAUAUUGCAGCGAAUUAUUCAGAGUAUUCCUCUUAGUGUAAGUGAUCAACAUAAAUAUUAGGAUUCAUAUUUGAAAUGUAGAUUCCUUAUAUUUUUGGUAACUAGACGACUCAAGAAAGGUAGAAGUGAUAAGUUUUAAUGUCCCCGUAAGGAUACAGGACUGAAAAAAGAGAAAACACAAAUUUCGUAACUGGAAAAUUUAAAUAAUUAAUCGAAAUAGUGUUGUGGCUGUUUUAUACAAUUUUUCAGAAAUUCGUUCACUUUUUUCCAAAAAUUUUUUGACAUUCCUUGAAAACGCAGGUAAUUUUUCUCUACGUACUAUAAAUUUUUCGAAAAUUUACGAAAAAAAGGAUUUUUCGACAAUGUUUCUACAACCUUAUUGGACGAAUUAAAAAAUUAAUAUGAAAAAAUGAAAAAUUCCACGUGUUGAAAACUUCACGAGACCACGUAACUUUCAACAAACUACUAAUUAUGUCUUAAGCUGAAUACGUCUAUGUAAGAGGGAUCCACAGAAGAGAUUGUAAUAAUUUACCGCAAUUAACUUUAAAUUUGAUAGAUGGGGGGAUGGAAAUGAACUAAUGUUUGAGGGCUAGUGGAAAGGGAGGGGAUCAAGGCUCGACUGUUUCGAAUAUAUAUAUGUCCAUAAAGCCAAUUGGGAAUCAUACCAAGUUAGUUCCAUUUUUUGGACUAAACAUGAAGGCUUUUGUUUGUUUGUUGGUGAUAGCUGCUGCGGCCAGCUACGUGCAAGGUGGCUUCCUUAGCGGAGGAGGCGGCGGUUGGUCCGGCGGUGGCGGUGGUAGCGGAGGCUGGUCCAGCGGCGGUGGCGGCGGCGGCUGGAAAUCUGGCGGCGGUGGCGGCGGCUGGUCCAGCGGCGGAGGAGGAGGUGGUUACGGAGGCGGUGGUGGUUAUGGAGGCGGCGGUGGCGGAAGCACCGUAAAGAUCAUUAAAAUCUUAGUCCCAAGCGGCGGCGGCGGCGGCGGCGGAGGAUACGGCGGUGGUGGAAGCGGAUGGAAAUCUGGUGGUGGAUGGUCCAGCGGAGGCGGUAAUGGUGGAUGGUCUAGCGGCGGCGGCGGCGGUGGAUGGCAAAGCGGAGGAGGUGGUUGGUCUAGCGGAGGAGGUGGAAGCGGAUGGAAAUCAGGAGGAGGUGGAGGUGGUGGUUGGUGGUAA